CUCCGAAGUAAAACGGGCUGUUUUGCAGUCGACUUUGUUGGUGUAUAUUCAUUGCUCCUCUCCCGAUCCAUGUGUAUGCAUGCCUGCGUGUGUAUGCAUGUGUGUGUGUACGUAAAGUAGAAGCUGAGAUAGGCUAACAAAAUGAACUACUGUAUGCAAGAAAUAUAUGAAGUGCACCCAGCUGCUGGUAGCAAUUGCUACAUGCAGUCCACUGAUUAUUGCACAUAUAUCGAAGAUAAUCAGGGUUACAGCAGUUGUGAUGCUCAGGUCCUGCACAGUAACAACAUAUAUAUGGAACAGGCCUGGGCGGUGAAUCAGCCUUAUACCUGUAGUUACCCUGGAAACGUGUUUAAAAGCGAGUACUCUGACAUGGACAUGGCCCUGAAUCAGUACAACCAACCUGAAUUUUUCACAGAAGAAAAACCUACUUUUUCUCAAGUGCAAUCGCCAUCGUACUCUCAGAAGAAAGGGUAUAUACCCAGCUACUUAGACAAGGAUGAGCUAUGUGUAGUAUGUGGGGACAAAGCCACCGGAUAUCAUUAUCGCUGCAUCACUUGCGAAGGUUGCAAGGGUUUUUUUAGAAGAACCAUUCAGAAGAACCUCCAUCCAACCUAUUCCUGUAAAUAUGAAGGAAAAUGUGUGAUAGACAAAGUAACAAGAAAUCAGUGCCAGGAAUGUCGCUUCAAAAAAUGUAUCUUUGUUGGCAUGGCAACAGAUUUGGUGUUGGAUGACAGCAAGAGGUUGGCAAAGAGGAAGCUGAUAGAAGAAAAUCGAGAGAAGAGACGUCGGGAAGAGCUGCAGAAAACCAUUGGGCACAAACCAGAGCCAACAGAUGAGGAAUGGGAGCUCAUCAAAAUUGUUACUGAAGCCCAUGUGGCCACCAAUGCACAAGGAAGCCACUGGAAGCAGAAAAGGAAAUUUCUGCCAGAAGAUAUUGGGCAGGCACCAAUAGUUAAUGCCCCAGAAGGUGGGAAAGUGGAUUUAGAAGCCUUCAGCCAGUUUACAAAAAUUAUCACACCAGCGAUUACAAGAGUGGUGGAUUUUGCCAAAAAGUUGCCUAUGUUUUGUGAGCUGCCAUGUGAAGACCAGAUCAUCCUUCUGAAAGGCUGCUGUAUGGAGAUCAUGUCCCUCCGAGCAGCAGUUCGCUAUGACCCCGAGAGUGAGACUUUAACACUAAAUGGGGAGAUGGCAGUGACAAGGGGCCAGCUGAAAAAUGGGGGUCUUGGCGUAGUGUCUGAUGCCAUUUUUGACCUGGGCAUGUCUCUUUCUUCAUUUAACCUGGAUGACACCGAGGUUGCCCUUCUUCAGGCUGUUCUGCUCAUGUCAUCAGAUCGCCCAGGCCUUGUUUGCGUCGAGAGAAUAGAAAAGUGUCAAGAGGGUUUCCUCCUGGCGUUCGAACACUACAUUAAUUACAGAAAACACCAUGUUGCACACUUUUGGCCAAAACUGCUGAUGAAAGUGACAGACCUGCGAAUGAUCGGAGCCUGCCAUGCCAGCCGCUUCCUGCACAUGAAGGUGGAGUGCCCCACAGAACUGUUCCCUCCGUUGUUCCUGGAAGUGUUUGAGGAUUAGAGAGACUGAAGUGGUUCUAUACACCCCCGUCGCACUACUGGCUGUCAUUUCAUCCCGUUGCCCAGCUCUUCUCACCUGUUCGUUCUUCUUCUUUCGUGGUCUUCUGUUUCUUGAGACGGGGCUGGGGUUUUGUUUGGGGUUUCUUUUGGGGUUACUGGGGGGCAAUUGUAUACACAUGGAUGAAAACAUCCCUUUAAUGCGGGUACUUGUGACUAUUGCAAUUUGUUCUUCAGUCUUUUGAUGUGAGUGCUUUGACAGCUUAACAGUGAAAAUAGGAACAGACCAAUCUCAUUCACCAGCAUUUGUGUGGUCACCAGCUCACACCCAUUAUUGCCUGGAAAACAGGGGAGAGAGAUUGAAGUGGCAGAAAAAUAAACUUGCCUUCACGAUAAAACAGCUGUUAAUUUGACACUGACAUUUCUGUCUUGUAUUACCUCCUUUUGCAGGGUACAACUGACCAAAUCAUAAUAUGAAAUUUCUGGUCUUUGUGAUUGUUUCUAUUGUAACAAUUACCACUAUGAUUUAGGAUCUUCAUCAUCAUCAUGUUCCCAUCAUUCUCUGAUGCAGUUGCAGAUGAGUUUAACUGUGCCCCAUAAAUCAAGUACUUAAAAUAAUGCAGAGUGUUAGAAGGGACUGAGUGGGUUUUUUUCCAUGUGUAUAAGAUAUUAACAUCUUCAGUUACUAAAUUUGGACUCCAGGUAAACUUCACUGGAAGGUUUGUUAGAGUGAGGAAGGAAAUCUGAUCUGAGGUGCUUCUCUUGAUAGUGGAGGGGUCUGUUUUUUCUGAGGUGUGUGGAAAAUCCAUCACUCUGAGGGAGAAGGCUCUCUAUCAGGAUAGCAGGCAGUGUCUCAGAGUUAUUCAGGGAUAUGAGGGCUCCUAUAGAAAGAGGAUAAGGAGAAUGAAACAUACAGGGUGAUCUUCAGAUGGGACAGAAACCAACUAUGUUAUUAACAACACUCAAGACUGUAGAGCUUUAUCCCAGUAAUACAGAUAGUGUUGCU